AUGGCAAACUCGGCAGCAGACCCCAAGGCGGCGCCGCUCGCCGAUGAGCUGAAGGACCUCGCUCUCUCACUCCCCACGUCUGCCUUUCCCAAGAACUUCUUCUGCGCUCUAUGCAAUCAGCUAGCUUUCGACUCAUACAAGCUGAUUUGCUGCGCAAAAUCAGUCUGCUCAUCAUGCCAGGCAAAUCUCCAGUUUCCUACCACGUGUCCGUCGUGUGACCAUUCGCCGCUCGAGGCAGAUUCGUGUGCGAUCAAUAAGUCUCUCCGCAACACCAUGCGCGUAUGGCUGCAAAAACAGAAGAAGAAGGAAGAGGCCAAGGCUGCGGCACAGACAGCUACCCCUCCUGUUGAGGCGACACCAGCCGCACCCGAAGUGCAGCCAGUGAGCGAGAGCAUAGAGAAGCCUGUAGACAGCAUUGAGGAACCACUCAAGGCAGAGGAUGGUGUCGCUGAAGAAGCCGCUGGCUCUGUGGGGAAUGCGGAAGAGACUGUUCAGCGCGCCGGCUCGGCCUCUGCUCAACCGAACGAAGUAGGUAACCAAUGUCUAUCUUGUUCUUCGCGUGUUAGCAUGGCUACAACAUCGCAAAAUGUAUCGAAAGGCACGGAGCCUGCAGCAGCGGACGACUCGACGGAAGAGCCAGGCAACACCCCCGGCGUCAAUGGCAUGACAGGCACCAAUCCCAUGAUGAACAAUAUGCAAAGUCAAAUGGGUUUCGGUUUUCCUGCUCAAGGUGGCUUCAACAACGGUAUGGGCUGGAACGGCAUGCCUAACAUGAUGGCCAACGGCAAUUGGAAUGGUAUGAAUCCCAUGGACUUUAACAGCAUGAACGGCAUGUACGGCAACUUUGGGGGAAACAUGGGCAUGAACGACAUGUCUGCCAUGAACAUGAUGCAGUAUGGAGGCGGCUUUGGUAAUGGUUGGAAUGGGAUGGGCGGUGGCUAUGGAAACUUCAGCGGGCCCAAUCAGAUGGGUGGCUAUAAUCAAUCUGGAGCAUAUCCCGAGAUGAUGAACCAGUUCCCCAAGAAUAAUUUCCCAAACCAGAACCAGAAUCGUUUCCAUGCCAAUCAAGGGGGAGCACAUGCCCAACGAAACAACAGGAAUGGCAGCCAGGGAGGCUUUGGCCCUGGUUUCCAGGGCGCGAAUACCCGUCCGACAAGCCACGGCGGUCCUUCGGAAAACCGUGACGGCCAGUCGCCUGAUGGAAACGCCAACACUGCUACUGAGGCCAAGGCCGAAGGCGAGCAGGACAAGGUCUCCACAGAGCCAACUGAAGAAGGUAAGGAAAAUAGCGAAUCUGUUGCAGUUUCUGUUGAGGCGACGAAUCAUGGUGCUGGCUCCGGUCUUAAUGCAAAUCAGGCCGCUGCCAACAAUACUGAUGAUACAGGAGAGAGUGCCAAAGAGCCGGCGCAGGACGAUGGGCUGAAACCAAUCCAAACUGUCGACACAGGUGGUGCAGAUAUGCAAGAUUAUGAUCAGUCAAUGAUGGGUAAUGGCAUGGGUAUGCCAUACGCAGCAGGAAUGAUGAACCAGUUCCCGGCUCAGCAUAUGAACGCGCCGUUCGAUCCUAGCAUGAACAUGAACAUGAAUAUGAACAUGGGAUACAACGGCAAUUUCGGUCCUCGUGGCGGCUUCAAUAGUGGCGCUUACGGUGCGGCGACAGUUUUGACAGGUCAACCCACGGAGCCUAUUGGUGUCGGGGUCAAAGGCGCACCCACCGGACCACGUGCGAUGCGAGAAGGCCGGCCCAACACUGGAUUCUCAAGUCGUGUCAACAGCGGUCGGUAUGCUCAGGCACCUCCGCCGCCGCCGCCUAAAAGUGUUGCAUCUAUUCAAGAAGUUGCGCCGAUUAGUCCACAGCGCAGGGUUCGAUCCAAAUCGCCUUUGCGAGAUGAAAGUAUGCGCGUCAAGGAGCGGUCACCUACGCGGUCCCGGUCUCGAUCUCGAGCGAGAGACGAAGACCGAGAUGCGCAUCGUGAGCGAUCACGUUCUGCGGAUCGCCAUUCUAGACGUGACGGCCGUGCUCGAUCACUGACGCCGUCAGAGGAUGAUCACGACAGCCGCAAAGAGCGCAAGCACCACCGUUCGUCGCGUUACGACGACCGUGAGCAGGAGCAGGAUGAUCGGUACCGUGACGAGAGGAGCAGCCGUGGCGAUCGAACGCGAAGCGCUUCAGCAGACUCCAAGUAUCGCAGCAGCCGUCGUGACAAGGACAAGCACCGCUCCUCACGGUCACAUCGCGAGCGAAGUAGAGAACAUCGACGCCGCCACCGUUCUCGAUCGCCUCGCAAUGAGGACAAGUAUGACGAUGAUGAUGCGUAUCUCAACGGCGAAAAGGACUCUGAUGGCAACUCGCGGCGUAGGCAAAGGAGUCGCGAUAAAGACAGGCAUCGUGACCGAUCACGCGACCGAUCGCGCGACAAGGAACGUGAGCGGGAUCGUAAGGAUCGCAAAGAGCGCGAGCGUGACUAUGACUAUGACCGCGAGAAAGAUCGCUCACGAGACAAGGACAAGGAACGCCGCCGCCGCCGUGACCGUGACGCCGAAGAAGAAGAACGUGAUUACGAGGACGACAAGUACCGCUCCUCUCGCCGCAGCCGUAAAGACCGUGACCGCGAACGUCGCGAUGAUGACCGUGAUCGAAAAGAGAGGCCUUCGGCAACUGAGAAAGAAGAAGAUGUUGUUGGCCAAAUGAUGAAGAAGCGUGUCGUUUCGCCUCCUCUGAACGCCCCUACUGGUCCAUCAGCAAAUGGCUUCAGUAUCAAAGGUCGUUCGAAGAACGCCAUGGCACCCCCUACACAACCACCUAGCGGCCCUCGAGCAUUCCAGCCCCCGAAAGGUCCCGCUGCUGAUCGCAACAAGGACCGCAGCAGCGACUCUCGAGAUCACCGCCGAAGGAGCAGCGUAAGCUCUGUUUCUACACCACCGACUGGACCAUCCGCAAAAGAAAAGGAAACCACACAAGACCACUACGCUGCUGAAAGGGAGCGUAAUGCUCGCGAGCGUGACAGUCGUGACCGCGUCGAAAAGCCCUCAAGUAAAUCUCUCCACUCCCGCAUCUCCUCCACAUCUUCCCGCCCUACCCUCUCCACCAAGCGUUCCCGCGACGACCUCGACGAUGAACCUUCUGUCCCCAAAGGACCAAAAGCCGAUGUCAAACCUCCUACCGGACCCGCUUCCCACCGCGACAAGCGACGCAAGAGCGGUGCCAUCGGCGAUGACAACAUUGCAAACCUGUUCACCGCCGGUCUAAGGAAAAACGCCAAAGCCAGACGCGGAGGCGUAAGAACCGAAGGCGAUGUAGAGCGAGAAAUGAUGGAGCGAGAAAGAGAAAGGCGAUAG